CCGGGGCGGUGAAAGACUCCAGGCCUUCGACUCACCUAAUCCUCGAUUAGAAGCCGGCCGGCGAGUGAGACCGGAAGAUCGGAGAUAUUCUGAGUUUCUCCGACGUAACCUUUUCUCCGUUUCUGUUUGCUGGCAGCAACCAUGGCCUCCCCCUCGGAGAAAGUCUUCCCAACUUACGAUGAAACGGUGGGUUCAAAAUUGCUCCGCAAAUCGAAGGACAUGCCCUUUGUCCCCGUCGGUCUGGCGGGCUUUUUCUCCCUGGCCGCCUAUGGCAUCUACCGGCUGAAGCACCGAGGAGAGACCAAAAUGUCCAUCCACCUCAUUCACACGCGGAUGGCUGCCCAGGGCUUUGUGGUGGGCAGCAUUGUGUGCGGUGUGGUCUAUACCAUGAUCCGGGAUUACGUCUGGAAACCUCAGUUGAAGUCUUCGGAAAACCGUUGAAGCUCUCCCACUCCUUCGCUACCGUAGGAAUAGUUUUCUACCCAUAACUGGUUGCGGCGAAGGAACAAAAAAAAAAAACCCACAAAUUUAAUUCUAAUUUUAUACCUCUUCCACACACGCAACCUUCCCUGCGGCCAGAAUUCCUUUCGGGCGUCCCCUCAAAAAAAUCCCUUAUUUUCUAUUUUAUUUUUCUCAAGACCCCGAACUGAGCUUUUUUUCCUUCUCCGCCGCACUCCUCUAGGCACUAGGCGAGACUGAGGCAACUCCAGAUUUUUCUCUUUUCACAGACAACCUUUUGGAGG